CCGGACCAUGGAGGGGCAGAGCGGCCGCUGCAAGAUCGUGGUGGUGGGGGACGCGGAGUGCGGCAAGACGGCGCUGCUGCAGGUGUUCGCCAAGGACGCCUAUCCCGGGAGUUAUGUCCCUACCGUGUUUGAGAACUACACCGCGAGCUUUGAGAUAGACAAGCGCCGCAUUGAGCUCAACAUGUGGGACACUUCAGGUUCCUCUUACUAUGAUAAUGUCCGGCCUCUGGCCUAUCCUGAUUCAGAUGCUGUGCUCAUCUGCUUCGACAUUAGCCGGCCAGAAACACUGGACAGUGUCCUCAAGAAGUGGCAGGGGGAGACUCAGGAGUUUUGCCCCAAUGCCAAAGUUGUACUAGUUGGCUGUAAGCUGGACAUGCGGACGGACCUGGCCACACUGAGGGAGCUGUCAAAGCAGAGGCUUAUCCCUGUUACACAUGAGCAGGGCAGUGUGCUGGCCAAGCAGGUGGGGGCCGUGUCCUACGUGGAGUGCUCCUCCCGAUCCUCCGAGCGCAGCGUCAGGGAUGUUUUCCACGUGGCCACAGUGGCCUCCCUUGGCCGGGGCCAUAGACAGCUGCGCCGCACAGAUUCACGUCGGGGACUGCAGCGAUCUGCUCAGCUGUCAGGACGGCCAGACCGGGGGCCUGAAGGCGAGAUACACAAGGAUCGAGCCAAGAGCUGCAACCUUAUGUGAGGGGUGGGGCAGAG